AUGAACCAUCUUCUGUCAUCAUGUCUUGUACUUUCAUCCGCUCUCGCUCCAGUGGCAGCCUUUUCUCCGCAGAGUCUUGCUAGAACAAACAGACAACCACUACACACGAGUCAGCUGUCAUCCACCUUGACACCGUCUAUUGAAUCAUUAUCAUUGUCGGCAUCCACCAAACCUGACGAAUAUCUUCGUUGGAAGAAGGAUGGUGACACUUGGAAAAUGCAAACAGCGGUCACAACCUUUCAAAAGGGAGACAAGACUGUUGAAUUGCACGCCCAAUUGCAUUUUGGAGACUCGUCCUACUUUGACUAUUACAAUGAUGACAGCUUUAACGACCGUUUGGAUCACGUUCACUACGAACUGUUGGUGGACAGUGACCUCCUUCAGUUUCAAAACAAUACUUGGAGACUUGAAAAACCAAUCAUGGCGUCGGCCAAUGAUCAAUCCCUGGCCCAAUCGUACGGAUGGGAGUGUCAAGCGUCCAAGAUUGAUUACACCCACCCCAAGUGGAUUCACGCUGAUUUGACGCGACAAGAAUUCCGCAAGAUUGCCAAUCCCGACGCAAAUGCUGGAGCUGGUGCUGGUGCUGCUGAGCAGAAUAAUAAUACACCACUAUGGGCCUUGGCGGCAGGACCACAGUCCUCCUCUACCGCUGCCGAAGCGGUGUCUGCCCUUUUGGUGGGACCACCCACUCUCUCCUACUCGGCCCAAAUCUUGAAGCGCCGUCUCUUUACCAAUUUGUUCAUUCCGGGAGAGACCUUUGCGAAUUCACUUCGUGCCAUUUUGUGGUUCACCGUACCAGCCCCUGAACUCUCCAUUAUUCUCUUGGACUGGUCCAGUCUGCUAAAGGGAGGGUCCAAUCCCAAUGCACUUUCUGAAGUCGCACUUCCCAUCUUGUCGAGUCUGGUCAAGUUGGAUGUGGGACAAAUCCGACGAUUCUUGUUUGGUCAAGUUCUCAUGUCUUCUGCGAUUGCAAAUAAGGACAAUGAUUCUUCCGCUUGGUCCUUGUUGGUUACAAAACGCAAUGACCAUGCCCUCGAAGUUUUGAACAACACGUUGCACGAUUCAGGUGGUGUAGAGACAUCGACUGCCCUCCUGUAUGGCAGUAGUCACUGUCCCGACUUGCAUGCCAAAUUGACGACGAGUGGUUUCAAACCUACCAAGACCACUUGGCGGACGGCGUGGUCGGUCCAAGAAAAUGAAAAAGAUAGCGUAUUGUUGGUUUCAUUGCUUGGUGCGGUUGGCUUGUACUUGUCGGUCGGAGCCUUGGAUUGGGUGGGCAUGAUGGGCGAUGUUUCGCAAGACUGGGUGGGAGAAGAAUACUUGGACACGUUUGUUGGUGCUGGAGCCUAUUUGGUGAGACACGUUCUCUUGUAUCUUGGACUGAGCAAGUUCUUGGUGGACUGGACCAACAAGGACCGAUGA